CUAGCCAGCCCGGCGCUAGCGGCCAGUCGGCCGAGGGAGCGCUGGGGUGCGGAGUUGCCGAGCCGUGCCGUGCCGCCUGGGCCCGCGGGACGAUGCGUUGACGGACAGCUUGCGCCGGGAUCGCGGCUGUGCAGCCGGCGGGGCCCUGCUGGGGCCUCCCGAGGAAGAUGAACUACCUGAACGUGCUGGCCAAGGCGCUGUACGACAACGUGUCCGAGUCCCCGGAUGAGCUCUCCUUCCGUAAGGGUGACAUCAUGACAGUGCUGGAGCGCAACACGCAGGGCCUGGAUGGCUGGUGGCUCUGCUCGCUGCAUGGGCGCCAGGGCAUUGUGCCCGGCAACCGCCUGAAGAUCCUGGUGGGCAUGUAUGACAAAAAGCAGCAGGCAGGGCCUGGCCAAGGGCAGCCACCCUCCCACCAGCACCCGCUGCACCCCACCGCCCGGCCGCCAGGGGACAGCAUCUACCUGAUCCCAGCCCCAAGCAAGGGGCAGCCGGGCCUCUACCCAGGCUCUGCGCCAGGGGCGCCCUUCCCCUCACCUCCGGCCAAGCAGCCGCUGACGUAUCCAAAGCAGCCGCCGCCCCACACCUGCCAGGACAUCUACCAGGUGCCUCCGUCGCUGAGCCACACCCCGGAUAUCUCCACCAGCCCCCCGCAGGAGAUCUACCAGGUGCCCCCAGCUGCGGGGCUGGGCCAGGACAUCUACCAGGUGCCACCGUCCUUGGACAUGAGGAGCUGGGAAGGGCCGAAGCCCCAGGGAAAGGUAGUGGUGCCCACCCGCGUGGGGCAGGUCUACAUCUACGACUCACCCAAAGGCGAGCAGGACGAGUAUGACAUCCCACGGCACCUCCUCGCCUCCGGGCCCCAGGAGAUCUACGACGUGCCCCCCAUCCGGGGCAUGCUUUCCAGCCAGUACAGCCAGGAGGUCUAUGACACCCCCCCAAUGGCAGUGAAGGGCCCCACCGGCCGGGAGCCCGGCCAGGAGAUCUACGACGUGCCCCCCAGCGUGGAGAAGGCCCUGCACCAGGCUCCCCAAACUGUGUAUGACGUCCCCCCAUCCGUGAGCAAGGACGUCCCGGACGGCCCCUUCCAAGAGGAGACCUAUGACGUGCCCCCUGCCUUUGCCAAGCCAAAGGCGCUGGACCUGCCCCGGCACCCAGCGGAGCCGGCCCUGCCCGAGGACGUGUACGACGUGCCACCGGCGGCGGGGAAGGGCGCCCCCGAGGCCCCCUUCCCACAGGAGAUCUAUGACGUGCUGCCCGGCCUGCGGAAGCUGGUGGGGCCCGCGCAGGAUGUGUACGAUGUGCCCCGGGAGCUGCACGCUGGCAGCCUGGAUGCUGAGGGCGAGUAUAUCUAUGACGUGCCGCCGCAGGUGGACCGGGAGGCCAGGGCUGGCGAUGCCAAGCGCCUCUCAGCCUCCAGCACGGGCAGCACCCGCAGCAACGUCUCCAGCUCCUCGCUGGACGUGGGGCCGGGCAAGGAUGCGCCCAAGGAGCUGGGCCUGGGCCUGGACCUGGACGCGGCCAUGGAGCUGUUGGCCCGGCUGCAGCACCACAUCAGCGGUUCCGUCUCCUACCUCAUGUCCUUCAUCAGCACUGGCUGGCGCAGCCCGGAGCAGCUGGAGCAACAUGCGCCCAGCCUCCGGGCGGCGGCCGAGGGCAUCAAGGGGGCGCUGCGGGACCUGCUGGAGUUCGCCCGCGGGGCCGUGGGCAACGCGGCCCAGGCCUCCGACCGCGCCCUGCACACCAAGCUUAGCAAGCAGCUGCAGAAGAUGGAGGACGUGUAUCAGGCCCUGCUGCGGCACAGCCAGGCGCUGGAUGGCUGUGGCUGGGCCCCUGGUGCCCUGGCGGCCGGCAAGCCGGGCGGCACCGACGACCUGGACCGCCUGGUGAUGUAUUCACGGGGCAUCCCUGACGACACCAAGCAGCUGGCAUCCUUCCUGCACGGCAACGCCUCCCUGCUUUUCAGACGGGGUAAGCUGCCGGCGGACGGCCCGGACACUAGUCUGCUCCUUGCCAGCCACCUCCCGCCGGUGCCCGCCGACAAGGCCAGUAGCAUCCAGUCACGGCCCCUGCCCUCCCCACCCAAGUUCCUGGCGCAGGACUCGCCCGACGGGCCGUACGAGAACAGUGAAAGCGGCUGGAUGGAAGACUACGACUACGUGCACCUGCAGGGCAAGGAGGAGUUUGAGAAAACCCAGAAGGAGCUGCUGGAAAAAGGCAACAUCAUGCGGCAGGGCAAGGGGCAGCUGGAGCAGCAGCAGCUGAAGCAGUUUGAGCGGCUGGAGCAGGAGGUCACACGCCCCAUCGACAACGACCUCUCCAGCUGGACGCCGCCGCAGCACUACGCCCAGGUGCGGGGCAGCAGCACCCUGUGCCCCUCCGACCACCAGCUGCUGCUCUUCUACCUGGAGCAGUGCGAGGCCAACCUCACCACGCUCACCAACGCCGUGGACGCCUUCUUUACCGCCGUGGGCACCAACCAGCCACCCAAGAUCUUCGUGGCCCACAGCAAGUUCGUCAUCCUCAGCGCCCACAAGCUGGUGUUCAUCGGCGACACCCUGUCACGCCAAGCCCGGGCGCAGGACGUGCGCCACAAGGUCACCCACUACAGCAACCUGCUGUGUGACAUGCUCAAGGAGAUCGUGGUGACCACCAAGGCCGCCGCCCUCCACUACCCGUCCCCCUCCGCUGCCAAGGACAUGGUGGAGCGGGUCAAAGACCUGGCCAGCAGCACACAGCAGUUCAGGAUGGUGCUGGGGCAGCUGGCGGCCAUGUGACGGCCUCACCAGCACACACCACGCUGGGAACUGCUCAGAGAGAUCAGUCUACUAGUAACGACUGCCUCUGCACAGCAGAGCAGGAGACGAGUGUAAAUGGGCUUGUAAAUAUUUAAAGACUCCCAUUGGGCGCGGGGGGUAGAGGCGGGGCACAAGUGACAGUGCUGGGCUCCUGUUCGCUCUCCCCCUUUCCCCCGAAGAGCAAGGUAGUUUUUAGGCCGCGCUGGCAAUUCGUUAAGGGCGCUUUGAGGUGAAAGGCUGGAGAGCCAGGAGAGAGGCUGUGGCCUCGGAAAGAAGAGGGGGCCCUGGGCUUCCCGUAAUGAAGCCAUAGAGGCAAAUUGUUGUUGUCCGUGAUGGAUUCAGAGCGCUUUAGGCCAGUGGGCGAUAUUUAAAAAAAGAACUCUAAUUUGAAUCGGAGCAAUGCAAUUAGAGCGGGCGCGAGCAAUCAAAGGGAAGUCCAGUAGUGUCAGCUGACAGUUAGGGGCAAGUGUGAUUUCCAUUGACUUUGGGGCCUGAUCUAAUUAAUGAGCUCUCUCUCUGCUAAUUGACAGCCGUUUAAUUGUGCAGAACGAAUCAAUCCAAUGGUAUCUGGGUGGAGAUGAAAAGGAAACUGACAGAGUCCAACGGGGGAAAGGUUUAUAUAAGUACAGUUAAACUGUAAGCUGGAGGAGUGUCUGUGUCCAUUGCCUGGCCUAACAGACAGCCCCUGGGGCCAGCAGGAUGGACGCAGGGAGGUGUGCCUCACCGUGGCAUGUCAUGGUUGGGUUUUGCUAAGAUCGGCUGUAGCAGUAAUGCGAAACGAAAUUGGUGCCUUGAAAUGUGGGGGUUCCCGGAUCUCUGGAGUACCUCACGGCCUGUAUGGAUACUCGUUGCUAUGGAGCCUGCUGGCAUGGCAGCAUAAAGGUUUGCCUAGAA